AUGGAGAAAUGCACGACUGUUUACGUUCCUGUUUCCCUCAAACCAUUGAAAAAACAUCCUGUCCAGAGUGCAGAAUUAGAAUUCUUCUUGUUGGGUCUUCGACUUGGGAUAUGUUUCUUGCCGUUUAAUCGUACAACCUCGACGCCUGUUUUCACUGGGCCUGUCUGUCAGUCGGUCGGCUUUCGCACAACCCUGGCCUGUUUUCACUGGGCCGUCGAGUCUGAUCGGCUUUCGCACGACCAAGGGCCUGUUUUCACUGGGCCUGUCAGUCAGUCGGUCGGCUUUCGCUCAACCCUGGCCUGUUUUCACUGGGCCGUCGAGUCUGAUCGGCUUUCGCACGACCAACACAAAACAACAAGAGUCAGAACAACACUGGAAACAAAUUGUGUGACUUUAGUACGCGUGCGAAACUAUGCCAAUGAGCAUAGAGUCUCGUACCAAAUCCACUUUUGA